GCGACCCCUUCACUUCCGGUUUCUUGUGGGCCGCGGUGCUGGUGAAUUGGCUUUCCCACCUGGAGGCUUUGGCAGCUCUUCUGCAGCUUCAGGGCCCAGGCGGGUUGGACGUGGGACUCUGGAGGGAGGAAGAGAAAAGAAAACUAUCAAUCAAGUAACCUAAUUGGAAUUGGUUUUAUAUGCAAAUAUGCCAGUUCACCUAGUAAAGGAAGUCAAUGGAGUGCCUGAAGUUCAAUUGCCAAGCUACUUAGAAAAAGUGAAUUUCAGAUCUCUACAACUUGGUUGUGAUUAUACUAACAAAUUUAUUCAGGGGACAGUUUCACUAAUCUACUCUUUAACUCACCUUGGCGAUGGAACAUCCUUUUUGAAGAUAAUGGUACAAGAGAGAGAGAAAUUUCGUGCAGAAGUUAACACAAUCAAUAUAUUAUUCCUUGGAAAUUUAGCUGAGCAGUGUGCAAAAAUUGUGCGUCAAGGGGACACUAUUGUAGUGACCGGAUUUGUUUUAGAGGAGUCUUCCUCUUCAAGUGAACAUAAGAACUGCUUGCAAUUGAAAAUGCCUUCAAAUGAAUCUACUGCAUAUGUUUAUGCUAAAUAUGACACAGUUAGUUCUGAGGAACCUGUAUGUUUGAGUGUGACACCCAAGUAUACAUAUACACCUCUGAAUCUACUUAAGCAUGGUUCUAUAGUCAACGUGUAUGGUGCCGUGAAGUUCUUCAAGCCCCCUUAUCAAAGCAGAGGAACUGAUUAUUGCUCGGUUGUACUUAUUAUGGACCAGUCCAAUGCCAAGUUAACCUGUAUGCUUUUUAGUGUAAAUCUUGAUUCACUUCCAGUAAUCUACAAAAUUGGAGACAUUGUUCGUUUUCAUAGACUGAAGAUACAGCAAUAUAAAAAUGAAAUUCAAGGUGUUACUACUGUUGGAUUUUCAUCUCUUACAUUUGAGGGGACUUUGGGAACUCCAGUAAUUCCUCGUACUUCAAGCAAAAUAUAUACCUUCACAGCAGAUGAUCAGAAAACAGUAGAAGCCUUGCGUAUUUGGGCGGCUAAUCAUAUUUCCUCCUCUGGGGCAUUAAUAAAAUUGUCCAAUAUACAGGCAAUGCAGUUUUUUGAUUUGACUUGUCAACUUGUAGGGAAAGCCGAAGUAGACGGAUCUUCAUUUCUUCUAAAGGUGUGGGAUGGUACAAAACCUCCAUUUCCAUCUUGGAAGGUUUUAUUUGAAGAUGGUACUCUUGAAGGGGAUGUAGGUCGUAUUAAUCAGUUACAGAAUCUGACAGUAGACAUCCUGGUUUAUGAUAACCAUGUUUCAUUGGCCAAAUCUCUGAAGGUUGGAACCUUUAUCAGGAUUUAUAGUUUACACACAAAAAUUCAGCCAGUAACUUCUAAGCAGCAGUCAAAUAUUCCACAUCUAGAAUUUCAUCUUCAUGGAGGCACCUGCUAUGGUCGAGGAAUCAAGGUCUUGCCAGAAAAUAACUGUGAUGUAGAAGAACUGAAAAGGUUUUUAGAUUCUGUGGAUCUAACUGAGCAUCAGCAGUUGGAGAAAAUCUGUGAUUUGGAAGUUGACGUCUCAAACAAUUUUUCCUCCCAAGGCUUUGUGUCACCAUGUGAUCUAGAAAGAUGUCAACAGCUAUCUGCCACAGUCCUUACAGAUCACCAGUAUUUGGAGACAACUCCACUGAGUGCUAUUUUGAAAUGUGAUGCCCCUCAACAGUAUCGCAUCAGAGCAAAACUGAGGAACUAUGAACCACAGAAACUUUAUCAGUCCGUUAAACUACAUUGCCCUAAAUGCCAUUCACUGCAAGAAGUUCCAUAUGAAAGUGACCUGGAGCUAGUUUUGCAAGAAGUUGCAACAGGACAUCCAGAUCCCAAACUACAAAAUACAGAAUUAUAUAAUUCAGAAGUGUGGAUUACCCAAAACCAGCAAGAAAGAAAAAUAGUUAUUCAUUUUGUAAAAAAUGAUGGAAUUCUUCAAGCCCCAGAAGAGACUUUGAUCAUGAUAGAAGGAGGAACACUGAGUGAAAUUUAUCAACUCUCAAAAAAGUUUAAAGGUGUUAUUCCUGUGAAAUCCAGCCAAGAAGAUCUCAUUAUCCCAGAUCUGACAAUACCAUUCCUUAUACAAGGGAAAACAUGGUACUAUGGGUGCAAGCAGUGUUCUAAAUUGGAAACAAUACAGAAUCUGAAUUCUCUCGUUAAGGAAGCAUCGUGGACACCCAUUUGCAUUGCCCAAGCAUUGGGCAUUGUACCACUCCAGUAUGUAUUUGUUAUGACAUUUACUCUUGAUGAUGGAACAGGAACCCUGAAAGUAUACCUGAUGGACUGUGAAAGUUUUUUUCAAAUUCCUGCGUCAGAGAUUCUAAACAGAGAUGACCUUCAGAAAAAUAUGGAAAUGAUCAUGUACAUGCUUUGUCCUCCAGGAAAAAAAAUUGGAGAAUACCCUUGGUUGGAAUGCUUCAUCAAAUCUUAUAAUGUCAGAAAUGAAGUGGAACAGGAAAUUUGCUAUCGGAUUUUUGAUACUGUAGUUGUUGAAGAUUUAAUCUAAUAUUUAAAUGCAUAUGUAAUAUAAUUGUAUAAUAAUGUAAUAUGCUUCUGAGAUAUAACUUCACAUGAUUAUUAUAAUAAAAUGUUCUAAAAUAUGUAGUGACUUUCUGAGGGGGGUUCUAUUACAUUUUUUGGUUUUACAUUAACAUUAUUUCCAAACAUAGCCCUUUCUCAUCCCCUUUCCAGAGGGCCAACCCUUGUAUUCUCUAAGAUACUUAAAUGCAUCUCUUUGAUCUCCUAGAUUCAGAAGCAUUUCAGAAAUGCAUAUCCCUCACCAACACCUCAUAACAAAGAAUAGAAAAUGGAGAAGAAAAGAAGCAGGUCAGCAAAACUACCCCAUAUCUCAACCAAGUCUGGCAGUAUCUCCAGGGUUCCACACCCAUGGUCUCCCUCAUCACUAUAGCAAAAGGAAGGAAGCGUAUUUUCUCCUUUUCAGAGUCAAGCUUGCAGACUGAUCAGAUUAUUCCAUUCCUUUUCUGUUGAUGUUGCUUUGAUUUUUGUUGGUGUGAUGUGCAUAUUUUUCUCCUGGCUUUCCUUACUUUGCAUUCAUUCAUACAGAUCUUCUCAUGCUUCUCUUUAGUCAUUCUCCAUAUUUAUAGUUUCAGCACAGCAGCAUUCUUUUACAUUCAUAUACCACUGUUUAGCCAUUCCCCAAUGAUAGGAUCAUAAGAAAAUAAGCAUGAGGGCUUUGGAAGUCAUUGAGUCACUUCUCAUUUUAGAGUUGACAGUCCUAGGGGCACACAGCUAGUAAGUGUCUGAGGCAGAAGUCAAACCUAGGUUUUUCUGACUUCAAGUCCAGCAUUCUACCUACUCUGCCACACUGUUUUUUGU